UUAACUAAAACUUGAAAAGAAGCUCUCAAAAUGGAACGUUGGCAAAAUAAAAUCGCUGUGGUAACCGGCGCCAGUUCCGGCAUUGGUGCUGCCACCUGUAAAGCCUUAGUGGAAAAGGGUAUGAUUGUUGUGGGUCUUGCCAGACGUGUAGACAAAAUGGAAUCACAAGUUAGACCAAGUAUCGCAGCUGAUAAACAACAAAAUUUCCAUUGUUACAAAUGUGAUGUGAGUGAGGAGCAAAGUGUUAAGGCAGCCUUUAGCUGGAUAGAACAAACAUUUGGAGGAGUUGAUGUCUUGGUAAAUAAUGCCGGCAUCUAUAAACAGACCACUUUGUUGGCCGAAAACAAUACCGAAGAUAUUACAAAUACCCUGAAUACAAAUGUUUUGGCUGUGGUUUGGUGUACCCGUGAGGCAUUUAAAAAUAUGAAGAAACGUCAGGUUGAUGGUCAUGUGGUUAUAAUGAAUAGUUUGACUGGUCAUUGUAUACCCAACAUAGCGGAUUUGCCAUUGAAUAUUUAUCCACCCAGUAAACAUGCCCUAACAGCUAUGACAGAGAUUUUGAGACAGGAAUUUUUGGCGAAUAAUACAAAAAUUAAAGUAACGAGUAUUAGUCCUGGUGCUGUUAAAACGCAUAUUGUCGACUUCCCUCCCGAGUUGCCUGUUUUAAAAAGUGAGGAUAUCGCCGAUGCUGUGGUGUAUUGCAUACAAACUCCCCCUCAUGUACAAAUUCAUGAAAUGAUUAUUAAACCAGUCGGUGAAGUUUUUUUUUGUGAUCCAAACGAACACAUUAACUUUUCCAAAAUGCAACGUUGGCAAAACAAAAUUGCUGUGGUAACUGGAGCUGGAUCUGGUAUUGGAGCAGCCACCUGUAAACUUCUUGUAGAAAAGGGUAUGAUUGUUGUGGGUCUUGAUAUACGUCUUGAUAAAAUGGAAACGCAAGUGAAAUCCUCUCUGAACACAGCACAACAGCAUAAUUUCCACUGUCUUAAGUGUGAUGUUAGAGACGAGGCGAAUGUCAAGGAAACUUUUGCUCUCAUAGAAAAACAAUUUGGUGGUGUUGAUGUGUUCGUCAAUAAUGCUGGUAUUAUACGACAGAAACCUUUGCUCAGUUCAAAUAAUUCCGAAGACAUUAGAAAUACCAUUGACACAAAUGUCUUGGCUGUUGUUUGGUGCACCCGUGAAGCAUUUCAAAGCAUGAAGAAACGUAAUGUAGAUGGUCACAUAACAAUUGUCAAUAGUAUUUGUGGUCGUAUAGUGCCAAAUUUACCGGGACAAAGUAUGAAUAUCUAUCCAGCCUCGAAGCAUGCUGUUACCGCCAUGGUGGAAGUGCUGAGACAGGAACUUCUAGCUCAGGGUACUAAAAUAAGAAUUGCGAGCGUUAGUCCUGGUGCUUGUCGUACUGGUAUUUUGGGUGAUGAUAUUGAAUAUCCAUCUUAUAUACCCGCCCUCAAUAGCGAAGAUGUUGCCGAUGCCAUUGUUUUUGGUAUACAAUCACCUGCUCAUGUUCAAAUACAUGAUUUAUUUAUACGUCCCCUGGGAUUUGAUUAUUGAAUUCUAGAGUUUGUUUAGAUGAAGGCAACGUAUUUAUGUUUUUUGUGUAACUUUUUAUGGAAUAUUAAUGUGUG